UAUGAGAGAGGGGACAAGACGGGAGUGAGUGUGAGCAGAUCACAGCCUGUGAACAAGAGGCAACGGCUGAAAAGGAGAGAAAGGCAGACGAGCCACAACAUCUGAAAGUUUUAAACCUGUGAUCGCGGUCGGUGAUGCAAAGCAAGACUGGGGGGUUCUUCCAACAUGUGGAAGCAAAACAAAUUCCACAUCAUGGACUGCUUCAGACAAAGACAGAUUUAGGUUGUAUUGCUGAAGCAGGGCAUUCUCUGUCACAUUCGAAUUUGAUGGAAAUACAAAUACGAGAUAGAGAAUGUUGAAAAAGACACGCAACUGGGUGGUAAGCUAAGAUUGAAAUGCAUUGAGUUUUAAGCUGGACAUCAGCACAGUGUUGCUUCAGUGUUACCAAAGGCUUGUUGUGGAACAGAUUUAAAACAUCAAAAAGGAACCUUCGGGAGCAGAUGCAUUUGUUUUUUAAAGAGGAAGCACUGAAUGGCAGUGUCGACAGCCUGAAAAGUGACCUCUGGUAACAUUUAUCGGUGGAAAUAUUAACCAUGUUGGAUUACUGUUGGCACUGGAGUUCAUAGCAUUGGACCUGUUCCAAGUGGAUCCUAAACUGAUUCGCUGCUAUUCCUUUUAAUUUUGUACACUGCAUGAAGGAUGACACAUCCUGCUCACUGAUCCAGAGCUGUCCCACACUACCCUUUGCCCUUGCCUGAAGGACCCAGUGACCAUGCUGGCCGAGUGUCUAACACCAGAAGGAUCAGAGCCCCAACAUACGCUCAGGCUGGCUGUAACCUCUGCAGCACCAUGUCUCAGGCAGUCUUGGAGCCAUUUGAGACAAACAACACAUGGCCAAGAGAAGAAUCUGAGGUUCAGUUGAAAUGGGCUGCCUUGCUAAUUGUCAUGGUCAUCAUCCCCACGAUUGGUGGCAACAUCUUGGUCAUUCUUGCUGUGUCCCUUGAGAGGAAGCUGCAGAAUGCCACCAACUAUUUCCUGAUGUCACUUGCUGUUGCUGAUCUGCUAGUGGGUCUCCUCGUAAUGCCCAUUGCCUUUGUCACUGUCCUUUACAACUCUGGCUGGCCUCUACCGGAAUUCCUGUGCCCCAUUUGGCUCUUCCUUGAUGUGCUGUUUUCUACUGCGUCCAUCAUGCACCUAUGCGCCAUUUCACUGGAUCGCUACAUAGCAAUCAAGAAGCCAAUCCAGCACAGCCAGUACAAAUCCAGAGCCAAAGCGAUGGUGAAGAUAGCACUGGUGUGGCUCAUAUCCAUUUGUAUUGCAAUCCCGAUUCCAAUUAAGGGGCUUAAGAACUACCAUCUUCCCAACAACAUCACCUUCAACAGUAACCACACCUGCCUGCUGAAAACCGACACCUUUAGGGAGUUCAUCAUGUUUGGCUCUUUGGCAGCAUUCUUCAUCCCUUUGACCAUUAUGAUGGUCAUCUACCUGCUUACUGUCCAGGUUCUGCGCAAAAAGGUUUAUUUGCUCAGGUCAAAGGUGACUCAGCGCUUGAGCCAACCAACUGUCCUCACAGUUUUUCAAAAGGAACAGGUUGCGACUUCAACUCAGGUUGAGCAACUGAACACACUAGAUAGCAGAUUCCCCAGGAUGCAAGAAAAAUCCGAUGCAGCCACAGCAAACUUUCCUACAGAAGGUGAAAUUAGCUUUCGCCGAAUGUCAACAAUGGGAAAAAAGUCAAUGCAGAAUCUGAGCAAUGAGCAGCGUGCCUCGAAGGUGCUAGGCAUUGUCUUCCUUCUGUUUGUUGUAAUGUGGUGUCCCUUCUUCAUUACUAAUGUCACCUCUGUGCUAUGCACUAGCUGUGAUGUUGACGUAAUUGGCCGCCUAAUGGAAAUAUUUGUUUGGGUAGGAUAUGUGUCAUCCGGUAUCAACCCAUUGGUCUACACUUUAUUUAACAAAACUUUCAGGGAGGCAUUCACACGUUACAUCACUUGUAAUUACAAAAGCUCUACUAGUCGUGGGCCAGGAAUGCACCCAAGGGCCUCAAUUACAGAACGGACCCUCACAAGGAUAUCAUUCAAGUCUUCCAUGGCAGAAAACUCUAAACUAUUCAUGAAGCGGGGGAUGAAGAAUGGAAUUGGAACAGUGAACUAUCAAAGUCCAAUAAGAUGCAGACAAGGCCCUGUACAAUCAUCCAGUGGUGUUUUGUUGGAUACAAUGCUUUUGACUGAAAAUGAAGGUGGCAAAGUAGAGGAGCAUGUUAGCUGUGUGUAGAGUGGUUUGGAAAAUGUGAAAAUAAAAAAAAAAGUAGCACUUGAAAUGGAUCAAAUUUGUAACUACAUUUAAAUGACAAUAUGCACCAAGCACCAAAACUCAAAAUUGGAGGCUGCUGCUGUUCAACUUGAGCAACAAAUCAUCCGAGGCCAGAAGUGCACUCUCUCCAUACGGCAACAAAAUCUAAUCUGUUGGAUGUUUGCUGAUAUUUGUUUAUGUUAGUAUGUUUUCUUAUAACAAAAGCUAAACAGUGAAACCCUCUGAGGUAUAUACGAAGACUUUAACACUAUGAGUCAAAGACAGCAAGAAAACUGAUUGAACACACAAGCAGAGGAAAUACAUAAAAUUAGUUAAGACCACUAGACAGAAAAAUGUGAGGAAUGAAGACACACUAUGACAAGCUGGAAGUACUUAUCUAUACAGUAAAUACAGUGAUUUACUAUAUACCCCCUGCAACAGACACAUGCAUAUAAUGCAUUGCACUCUUUAAGUAUUAAAGUAUUUGCUGGACUUUAAGUGCUCGUUUGCUCGUUUCAGCCAGAUGUUUUGACAUGUUAACAAGUUUCCAAAUAAAAGACUGUAUAAAAAGAAAGUACAAAGAACAAAAUAAAUGGAAACCUUUUUUUGUUUUUAAAUAAAAUAUUGCUGUCUUGCUGAAACGGAAAGAAAACUGUUCUGUCAACCACUGUUGACAACAAUAGGACACAUGUCAUGGAAUAUCUGAAAUUGCUGGUGUUUUUAAAGGGACUCUAUGUAUCUGAAUAUUUGUGUGUAAAUCUAAAACCCUUUUGGUGAAUGGACAAGAAAUAAAUUUGCAUAUCAAAGGCAAAUUCUAGAAUUCCUUUAUGUUAAUGAUAAAAUAAUACCUGAUCUGAACAUACUUUAAGCAAGAACACUACAGUCAUCAAAACUAAAGGGAUACUUUGCAAUAUUGAGGUAAGGUGAAUAUAGAGUUAAGGCUGCAUACUAUAAUCAUAUGUAUGACCCAAAUAUCACCCCUCCAAGCAUGUUGGGGAACCUAGACAACAGGCCCCCAUUCCAGCCGGUUUGUUUAUCUGGGAUGCAAGUACAAAAAUGGCUUAGUAUAGGCUAAUUCUUUUUUGAAGGUGAUUACAUAAAACAUUUAAGAAUGUUAUAUUCCACUGACCAUAUACCACCUGAGAUCCUACAUACUGGACCUUUAAACAGCUUAAAUUCAACCAAGUCAAUGAAAGAAACAUCUCAAUAAUGUGUUUGGCCAAGCCUAUCUGAAAAAAAGAAGCAGGAACUAUCAAUUAAGUAAGAAACACUCAUCUAUUAUGCAUCUUAAAAGUGGAUGUGUGGAUUUAAUUUAAUGAACUGCUCUGGUUCAGUUUUUGUAAACAACAAACAGUUACACUACAGUAUAUCCAACGGCCAAUCGAUCACACAGAAUAUCACAUAGCCUUUUUAGGACUUAAAAAAUGUGCACCAAGAUAUUUGUGCACUGGUCGGCUUCUCUGUUAAACGUUGCUCUGGUGUCUGAUGCUAAAUCCCUCUAAACAGUCAGGGAAAAAUAUGUCUGUGUGUGAGAAAAUGACAAGAAUGUUUAGCCCAUCUCUAAUGCAGGAUAUGUUCCAUGAAAACCACAAAGUCACUGCCUGUUCUAGUCAAUAAUGAAUUGGCUUUGUUCUAUUGCAUCAUGUUAAUGUAUAUCUGACUAGCACUGCCAAAUUAAUAUUAAAGGUUGAUUCGGGGCACCAGAAAUCCGAACAAGAAGAAAUUAAGUGCCAGUACGUUAGAGGGCUGUAAUGUAAUUAUAGAAAAUAGAAUGAGAACAAAUUAAUUAUACUUGUAUUAAA